UCCGAGCAGGAAGGCAAGUCUUAGCAAGAGCAUCGACCCUGGAAUGUCCUAGUAGUAUUCAAAGAACUUGACGAGGGUUCGGAAUAAUUCAAAUCGAUUUGUCGUUUAUAGCACAUUGUUACCAGCAACUUGUUUCUGCCCCGGCUUCAAUGAUGGGAUCCCACUGACUCUGCCGCGCUGAACUGCUUCUUCUUGUCAUUACUGUAAUCACGGCCGCCGGAAGUAAGUAAUCGAUAGAUCUCAAAAGGACGCCGUCUUGUCAAGUCAUUCCAAUCUCCAUAGCCUUCCAGAGAACGAACCGAGAAAGCAGAGAGUGUGUAAAGUCCCAUGGAUGCGAAUAAUUUCCGCAAGAUGACCGCACGUUCAUACUCUUACUUAUAUAUAUGUGACCUCCACAGUCUCUUCCAGUCACCGCCCACCUAUUUCAACUUGUACCACCAUCAUCGAUAACGAUCAAUUUGUAUUCACAAUGAGCAAAAUCGAGCCAGUCUUCCACAUCAUUCCCACCAUCCAGAACUACGAUUGGGGGAAGAAGGGAAAGGACUCCAAGGUUUCAGAGUUUGCUUCUGGGGCUGGAAUCGAUGGGUUUACUUUGAAUCAAUCAGUUCCUUACGCAGAACUUUGGAUGGGCACGCAUGUGAAAUCGCCGUCGGGAGUGGUUGAUAGAAAGCAGAACCUUGCCCAGAUUUUGGCUGCGAACCCAGGCUUGAUAGGGGACCAGGUAUCUCAGCGGUUCGACACAACCAACGGAAACCUCCCUUUCUUAUUCAAGGUCUUGGCCAUUGGCACGGCCCUGAGCAUACAAACUCACCCUGACAAGAAGACAGCAGAGAAACUACAUGCUGAACAACCAACAGUUUACACUGAUCCGAACCACAAGCCUGAGAUGGCGUUGGCGUUGACGGAUUUCAAGGCCUUGUGCGGUUUCAUGCCGAUCGCGAGGAUAGCUGAAUACGUCAAAGCCGUUCCCGAAUUCGAAGCCCUGAUCGAUCCAUCUAUCGUGACAGAAUUCUCGACUUGCACACUUCUGUCUGAGUCGGAACAAAAGGCAGUUCUAAAGAAAUUAUUUUCAGCACUCAUGACUGCCGAUGUUACCAAUAUUGCAACACAACUCCGGGCACUCGUCGCUCGUUACAAACGCGGGGGUCAGAAAUCUGUAGAAGAGGAUGUCAAAGAUCUCAUCCUAACAUUGAAUGAACAAUAUCCCGGGGACGUCGGGGUAUUCUGCGCAUUUAUGUUGAACUACGUCCAAAUGACCCCUGGGCAGGCUAUUUUCCUGGGAGCUGGAGAACCCCACGCUUACGUGCAAGGCGAUAUAAUGGAGUGCAUGGCCAAUUCGGACAAUGUCAUUCGCGCAGGUCUUACGCCCAAGCCUAAAGAUAUCCCCAACCUUGUUUCGGUUCUGACCUACACGGCAUCAGCUUGGCAGAAGCAUAUGGUCAAACCGGUCGACAUCACGCCACGCACUCGUAAAUAUGAUCCUCCAAUUCCAGACUUCGCAGUUUUCCAGGUUAACGCCCAAAAGGGCGAGACUGAAAGUCACGAGGCUAUUCCAGGACCUUCAAUCGCAAUCGCCACCGAAGGUUUCGGCCGCGUAAGCUGGGGCGGUGGCGAGCUAGAUUUACAGGCUGGAAGCGUCAUCUUUGUGGGAGCUGAAACAAAGAUUGACAUCACUGCCGGAGACUCCAACUUGGUUGUAUACCGCGCGUAUGUCGCUGCCUAGCUCAGUGCUAGGACCAUUGGCAGGAUGAAUGUUUGAUGUUUUGAGUGACUACUACCGCAGCUCUAUCCCAAACAUAAAUUCCAGUCGUUAUCAUUGUCAACGAUACUACAACUUUUGUCAGUACACUGCCCACCACAGUAUGCUGGAGCGAAACGCAGUUCAUCAGAGCGCAAACAAAGUAUACUGAAUAUCAAUAUCCUUCUCGAUAAAAUUUAUCACCGUUGCCCCUGAGGGG